UGGGGACCCGAGCUCUAGUCUGAGUCCUGCCACUGGUGGAGCUGAAAAGAGCGGAGAGGAUGGAACUGCAGGACCCAAAGAUGAAUGGAGACCUACCUGUGGGUGCUGUGGGCUACAGGCAGGAACACGAGGGCUUCCUGCCCAGCCAUAAUCCUGCUCCUGGGAGGAAGCCAACCGAGUUCAUGGAUUUCGAGGGGAAGACAUCAUUUGGAAUGUCAGUGUUCAACCUCAGCAACGCCAUCAUGGGCAGCGGCAUCCUGGGGCUGGCCUAUGCCAUGGCCCACACAGGGGUCAUCUUCUUCUUGAUCCUGCUGCUGUGCAUUGCUCUUCUGUCUUCAUACUCCAUCCAUCUCCUGCUGACCUGUGCUGGUGUUGUAGGCAUCCGAGCUUAUGAGCAGCUGGGACAGAGGGCACUGGGGCCUGUGGGGAAGGUGGUGGCGGCCAUGGUCAUCUGUCUGCACAAUGUUGGGGCCAUGUCCAGUUACCUGUUCAUCAUCAAAUCCGAACUCCCCCUGGUUAUUGGCACCUUCCUGAACAUGGAACCUGAGAGGGGCUGGUUCUUGAAUGGAAACCUUCUCAUCAUCAUGGUUAGUGUGUUAAUCAUCCUGCCACUGGCCCUCAUGAGACACUUGGGCUACCUUGGAUAUACCAGUGGUCUUUCUCUCACCUGCAUGCUGUUUUUCCUCAUUUCAGUCAUCUAUAAGUUCCAUAUUAGCUGUGAUGUGGGCCACAAUGAGACAGCAACAGAGAGUAAGAGCCCCCCCGUCCUUCCCAGCCAGGGACUCAACAGAAGCUGUGAGGCCCAGAUGUUCAUAGUGGACUCACAGAUGUUCUACACAGUGCCCAUUAUGGCUUUUGCCUUUGUCUGCCACCCUGAGGUGCUGCCCAUUUACACGGAGCUCUGCCGGCCCUCCAAGCACAGAAUGCAAGCUGUAGCCAAUGUGUCCAUUGGUGCCAUGUUCUGCAUGUAUGCACUUACAGCCACCUUUGGAUACCUUACCUUCUACAGCAGCGUGGAGGCGGAGAUGCUACAUAUGUACAGCCAAAAGGACCUGCUCAUCCUCUGUGUGCGCCUGGCAGUGCUGCUUGCAGUCACUCUCACUGUGCCAGUUGUGUUAUUCCCUAUCCGCCGGGCCCUACAGCAGCUGCUCUUCCCAAGCAAAGCCUUCAGCUGGCCACGGCAUGUGGCCAUAGCCGUGAUUCUGCUCAUCUUGGUUAAUGUCCUCGUCAUCUACGUACCGACCAUCCGGGAUAUCUUUGGGGUUAUCGGGUCCACCUCAGCCCCCAGCCUCAUCUUCAUCCUUCCCAGUGUCUUCUACCUCCGUAUUGUACCCUCUGAGGUGGAGCCCCUCUCCUCUUUGCCCAAGAUCCAGGCUCUGUGUUUUGGUGUCUUGGGGGUGCUCUUCAUGGUGGUCAGUCUAGGCUUCAUGGUUUUCAACUGGGCCACAGGCCGGAGCCAUGUGUCUGGACACUGAUCGUACCCUGGUCCAACCAGACUCCUGUGCACGUGCAUCUCUGUGUAUAGAGGAAGAUGAGGCCACUCUCCCAGGUCCCCCCUGCCUGGUGUGUGAAGGUGGCUGAUUCCCAUUAACAUGGCUGUCGGAAGUAGGUGGCCACAGAGACUGCAGAGUGGUCCACUGUCCUCCCCAGGGAUGCUGAGCUUGGAUCACAGUCCUCAUCUCAACUCCACAGGAGCAGGAGGAGGCCAGGUCCUCAGAGAGCCCUUGCCCAGCCCAGUCCUUUUUGCCUCCUCCUGAUAGAAUCUGUCAGGAUUACCCUCAAGUUAAAGGGGAAAAUAAAGAUGUUA